AUGGCAGCACAGGUCCCAGCAGACAAGGAUGCCGACGGUGGUGCGGCAUCUUUUGCCUGCUACUUUCCAGGCGUUCGGACCGGAGCUCACGCGACCAAGCGCCGUAUGUCAUCGCGGAUGACCCUCGAUCAUCUGGAAGACAUCCUGAAUGCAGCUGAAGAACACCAAGAAACGGUGUCCUGCGUGCUGCGAGCCGCAUGGGCUUUGGUUCUUCAUUACUACACCAGGUCAGAGGAUGUGUGUUUUGGCUAUGAUGAAUUGGACAUGGGCGGUUCUGUCGCGGAAGUGGCAGAACCACAUGGCUCAUCUCCUCGGACGUCUGUCGCGAGGGCCAUAGUCGAAGACAGCAUGUCUCUGAAGGAAGUGGUCGACCAAACAAAAGGUAAGUUUCUCGUUGCUGAAGAAAAUGGACUGGCUGGAGCAGCAGGAAAUUCGCGCGUUGCUCGUUCUCUUCACAACACGGCAGUGACGCUGCGCGUGCGCCGCUCUUCCCCAAACGCGCGUGAUGCAGCGACCUUCGUGCAACCACAGAUUGGAAUUGCUCUCCCGGAGGAGUGCAAGGUUCGAGUUCUAGCCAAGUACAUUAAUAAUUCGCUCAGUGUCUUCUUGGAAUGGUGGCAUCCAGACAUCUCUCCAUCGCUCGCCUCCAACAUUGUAGAGGUAUACAAUCGCAUGCUGAGCAAUAUUUUGACGAAGCCAGAUUCCGUCGUCAAAGACCUCAAUUUUAUUACCGAGCGUGACAGGACGCAGAUUCUUCAAUGGAAUUCAAUCGUACCAGACACUGUGGAAAGAUGCAUCCACGAAGUCAUCGACGAUCAGGUCCUUCUCCGGCCAGAUUCAGAGGCAGUCUGUGCCUGGGAUGGCAGCCUGACGUUCCUCGAACUUGAUCGCGUAGCCUCCAGGCUUGCUCAUUACCUGGUGGAACUUGGGGUGGGCCCCGAGACACGAGUAUCUCUCUGCUUUGAGAAAUCGAAAUGGAACAUUGUCGCCAUGCUGGCAGUUUUAAAAGCAGGGGGAGCGUUCGUUCCUCUUGACCCUGGCCAUCCGAUCCCUCGAUUACAAGCUCUCGUGCGGGCUGUGGAUGCCAAAAUCCUGCUUUGUUCCUCUCCGCAUGCUGCUGACCUUGCAGCGGUUGCGGAGACGGUUCUGGCUGUGGACGACGAUAUGAUUUCGUCUCUUGCGACUAGACCGACAGGACAACAUUGUCUCCCUCGCCUACAAGGUAGUAAUGCAGCUUAUAUUCUAUUCACAUCCGGAUCAACUGGAGAACCGAAGGGUACCGUCAUCGAGCACCAGGCAUACUGCUCUAGUGCCAAGGCGCAUGCAUCCCCGUUGCUGAUCGACUCCGAUUCACGGGUGCUGCAGUUUGCGGCGCAUACCUUCGAUGCCAGCCUUGUGGAAAUCCUUACUUCCUUGAUGCACGGGGCUUGCGUCUGUAUACCGAGUGAGGAAGCGCGCCUGAACAACAUCGUUCAUACGAUCAAUGACAUGCGUGUCAAUCACGCAGUUCUCACACCGUCAUUCAUCCGAUUCCUCGAGCCGUCCGCUGUUCCAGGUCUUAAGAGCCUGGUCUUGGCUGGAGAAGCUCUGUCUCAGGCGAAUGUCGAAACAUGGUCAAAGAUCAACCUAGCCAACGGCUACGGCCCUACCGAAAGCUCUGUUGCUGCGGUCGUCAACUCCCCGUUAACGAGUGGCACGGAUUGUCAAGACAUUGGCUUUCCUGUUGGAGUUCGAUGCUGGGUCGUUGACCCGGAUGACCAUGACAUCCUCCUCCCAAUUGGUUGUACAGGAGAGCUGCUGCUAGAAGGACCUUCUCUAGCUCGUUGUUACCUGAACAACCCGGAAAAAACAGCAGAGUCAUUUAUAUACGAUCCUCAGUGGGCGAAAAUCGAAAAUUCCAGCGGCAGUGACCGGCGUUUCUACAAAACAGGUGAUCUAGUUCGCUACAAUUCCGAUUCUGGAUCAUUCAAUUUUGUUGGUAGAAAGGAUACGCAAGUGAAGUUCCACGGCCAGCGAAUUGAAUUGGGAGAGAUUGAAUCUCACCUUGCAGCUGACCCUAAUAUCAAACAUGGGCUGGUGCUGCUUCCAAAGUCAGGACGUCUGGCACAGAAACUCGUGGCUGUUAUAACUCUGUCCGAUAAGCUACUUGAUGAGUCUCUAAUACAGCACAAAAACUCUUUAAAACUGCUGGACCACCCCAACAAAGAGAAAAAUGUUGCCGAAAUCAGGGAGAGAAUAAGUUCCUUGCUACCGGUAUAUAUGGUACCCUCUAUAUGGCUUUGUGUGGAAGCCCUGCCAGUUCUUGCGUCUAGAAAACUGGACAGGAAGGCAGUAUCAAGAUGGGUGGAGGCGAUGCGGGAAGAUGAAUUGUUGCUGCAAACCGCACAAGAACUCGAAACUGCCACUGGAGAGAUCGAGGAAGUAGGGACUGAUAUUGAGAGCAAACUGCGUGAGAUCUGGAGUCGCGUUCUCAACAUCCCUCUCAACAGAACCAGCCUAAAUCAAAGUUUUCUGAGCCUGGGAGGAGACUCGAUUACAGCGAUGACUUGUAUGAACCAAUGCAAGCUGAAGGGCAUCGGUCUGACGGUGCAAGAAGUGCUGCGGAGCAAGUCCAUAAGGGAGCUUGCAGCUUGCGCGAAAUUGGUCAGCCAUCGGAGCGACUACCACGAAGAGUUGGAGACACCAUUCGACCUAUCGCCGAUACAAAAUCUCCACUUUCAAGUUCGUGACGACGAUAAAGGACACUUUAAUCAAAGCGUCUUCCUCCGUGUCACUCGCGAGAUCGCUGAGAACGAUCUACGCCACGCUGUCGAGACUAUCAUCUCUCGCCACUCUAUGCUGAGGGCUCGAUUUGUUUACAACAGAUCGGAAAUGAAAUGGCAACAACGCAUAACCAGUGAACGAGAGAAGUCCUACCGUUUCAGGGUCCACAGACUCAGUACUCUGGACGAAGUGAAAGUGGCUAUCGCCGAUAGCCAGAGCUCACUCAAUGCCGUGCUUGGACCGGUGCUGGGGAUAGAUCUCUUCCAUGUAGACGGCGACAGCCAACUAUUAUCUAUGAUUGGCCACCAUCUCGUUAUCGACUUGGUAUCCUGGCGAGUCAUCUUGGAAGAUUUGGAGGAACUGCUACUUCAUCCUCGCACACCAGCACUUCUUGAGAAGACCUUGCCAUUUCAGAGCUGGUGCAAUCUUCAGGCUGAUCACUGCCGCAAUUAUCAAUUAGAAAAGACCCACCCUGUGUACGAUGUUCCUGGCUGUGACCUCACAUACUGGGGAAUGCAAGACCGUCCCAAUAUCUAUGGAGAUGUCGUUUGUCACGGUUUUGAACUCGAUUCCACCACUACAUCGUUGCUGUUGACCGAAUGCAACGAGGCGCUUCGAACAGACCCAGUUGAUCUGUUCCUAGCUGCAUUGAUCUAUUCCUUCAGCGACACUUUCAGGGAUCGUUCUGCACCAGUUGUCCAUAAUGAGGGCCACGGUCGAGAAGCAUGGGAUGCAUCAAUCGAUAUCUCGCGCACAGUUGGGUGGUUUACCAUAAUCUACCCGGUCUCCGUACAAGCUCAUGCUUUGAGCCAGAUAGUUGAGACUUUGGUGCAGGUGAAAGACCUCCGCAGACGCGUCACAGAUAACGGACGGGCGUAUUUUGCGCACAGCAUACUUACCGGCCGGAACAGCAAAUCAUAUCGUCAUAUGGAGAUCACAUUCAACUUUCUGGGACGGUAUCAGCAGCUGGAAAGGACAGGAGGCCUAUUCCAGCCGGUUGAAGGAUUGGCUGGGGAGACAACCCAAGGUGGUGGAGCAGCGGACGUUGGAAGAACCACUCCACGCUUUGGACUGUUCGAGAUAUCCGCUGUCGUGGUUCAAGAUACUCUUCGAUUUUCAUUCUCGUUUAACGGGACUAUGAGACAUCAAGAACGUAUCCGGCAAUGGAUUUCGUCCUGUCACCGAGCCCUCAGCCAACUUUCAAAGGAGUUGCUGUCGAUCCAAAGUCGUGCGACAAUCAGUGACUUUCCCCUCCUCUCUUUGACUUAUGAGGACCUCUCGAGAAUGACUGCCGAGACCCUGCCUCAAAUGGGAAUUAGAACUCUGGACGAAGUUGAGAAUAUAUAUCCGUGCUCUCCCAUGCAGCGGGGCCUCAUGAUCAGCAGGACUCGGGACAGCUCUUUCUAUGCAGUUCAUGGUACCUACGAGGUAAAGGCGGCAAAUAAUCAACAAGUGGACGUUGAGCGACUUGCGCAUUCAUGGCAGCAAGUGAUUGCUCGUCACGCUAUGCUUCGAACCGUGUUUGCGGAGAACCUGGCCGCGAAUGAUCUGUACUGCCAGAUCGUGCUUCGCAGCUAUAAUUUCCAACCUCCAAUAGUACGUUGCCUCGAUGAGCAUGAGGUAUUGCCGAUUUUGGACACGCACUUCAUGGUGAGCAGCGAUCGCAAGCCAGCUCACCAAUUUACCAUUUGCCAAACGGAAACCGGCAGAGUUUUCUGCAGACUCGAAAUAAGUCAUACUAUAAUGGACGGAGCCUCGAUUUCCAUUAUCUUGCGGGACCUAGAGCUGGCGUAUUCUGGCAGGCUCAGUCAGACUGGGCGGCCUCUUUUCAGCAAUUUCAUCUCUUAUUUACAGAUGCAGCCGCAAGACGCCAGUGUUGAAUACUGGAAGUCUUACCUAUCAGACAUGGAGCCCUGCCAUGUUUCCAUACUCAAUGAUGGCUGCACUGCUGAAAGAGAGUAUCGAACGUUGCGGUUGGAGUUCAAGGACUUUUCUCGGCUUCAACCACUAUGCGAAAAGUACGGGCUGACGGUCGCAAAUGCUCUCCACGGAGCCUGGGCUCUUACUCUUCGUUGCUACACUGGCUCUGAGGAGGUAUGCUUUGGCUAUCUGCUAUCUGAGAGGGAUGUUCCAGUGGAUAAAGCUGAGGACGUGGUUGGACCGAUGAUCAACAUGCUCGCUUGUCGCGUCAAAAUGCCCUCAGACAGUGUGCUUAGCCAAGUUCUGGAGCAAAUCCAGGAAGACUACAUGAGGAGCCUUCCGUUCAAGCAUACUUCCCUUGCUGAUGUUCAACAUGCUUUGGGACUAUCGGGAACUGCUCUGUUCAACACUUGCUUUUCCUUCAGGAAGCUCCCACCUCCAGAAACUCACCGUCAGCAAGUAAUUGAGUUCUCUGAAUUCGCGGGAUUACACGACCCCACCGAAUAUCUUGUGACAGUUAAUGUUGAGGCCUCGGACAAGAACGCCGUUAUCGAUCUAGACUAUUGGACGGACAGUCUCUCCGAUGGACAAGCAGCAAAUAUAGCCAGUACUUUCCUCAGAGCGCUUGAGAAUAUUAUGGAUCAUGCAACGGAACGGCUGGGACAGCUUGAGUAUGUGAGCGAUGGUCAUUUGCGGCAAAUAGCAGCGUGGAAUGGCGCAAUGCCGCCAGUCAUCGAUCGGUGCAUCCAUGAUGUGUUUCAGGAUCAAGUCAAAAUGCACCCUGAAUCACCAGCUAUCUGCUCGUGGGACGGAAGCUUUACCUAUGCUCAGCUUGACGAUCUCUCGUCACGAUUGGCCCACUACCUCGUUAUGCUGGGUGUAGCGCCAGAGACGUUCGUAGCUCUCUGUUUUGAGAAAUCGGCGUACACGAUCAUCUCAAUGUUAGCCGUUCUGAAAGCCGGUGGUGGUUGCGUUCCACUAGAUGCAGGACAUCCAAAGGCUGCUCUCGACUUGCGCGUUCUUGAAACUGGCGCUCAAAUCGUCCUUGCAUCACCUUCUCGCGCCAAUCUGCUUGAUGAUAUCGUUCCUUAUGUCAUCCCUGUUAACGAUUCUUUUCUAAGUCAUCUCCCAGUAGGUGGCGAGUUGGUGUGUACUGCAGCGCAGCCCUUCAACACCGCAUUCAUUAUCUUCACAUCCGGCAGUACUGGAAAGCCAAAAGGUGUUGUCCUUGAGCAUCGCAGCUUGGUAACCAGCGCCGAAGCCCACGGCGCUGCGCUGGGAAUAGGUCCCGCUUCUCGAGUAUUACAAUUUGCAUCAUAUUCUUUCGACAACAGUUUGGAGGAAAUCUUCACGACUCUUAUGAGAGGGGGCUGCGUGUGCGCCCCUUCAGAGCAUGACCGGAUGAAUAACCUGGCAAAGGCUAUGAAUGAACUGGAUGUGAACUUCGCAGAUUUGACAGCAACUGUGGCGGCUUUCAUCCAGCCGUCAGAUGUUCCUAAGCUGAAAGGACUCGCAAUUGGUGGUGAAGCUCCUACAAAAGAAAUCAGAGACAGUUGGGGAAACAUUCUUCAACUCCAGAACGUGUAUGGACCGACCGAAUGCUCAAUCAACUGUGCCCAUAACCCUGACAUUGGAGACUCGGAUGAUGUCACGAAUAUUGGCCGCAGCAUUGGAAGUGUUUCAUGGAUCGUCGAUCCUGAGAAUCACAACAAUCUUCUUCCCGUUGGGUGCGUGGGGGAAUUAUUGGUCGAGGGACCAAUUCUCGCAAGGGGUUAUUUGAAUGAUACGGAGAAGACGCGACAGAACUUCAUCGAAGAUCCCACGUUCAUAUCCGGACUCCAACGCGAGGGUGUGAUAAAUGUUGAAGCUCCAAAGGUAAAACGGAGGAUGUAUAAAACUGGCGACUUGGUGCGAUACAAUUCUGAUGGAUCCAUGGUAUAUCUGGGAAGGAAGGACACCCAAGUCAAAUUGAAUGGGCAACGCAUUGAAUUGGGGGAGAUUGAACAUCGCAUCAAGGCGGCUUUAUCCUCGGAAAGCCAGUGUGCUGUGGACCUGGUAACCGGCCGCAAUCAGAAAAACAGAAAAGCGUUGGUUGCUUUUCUGUGUCUCAAAACAGACGACUCGAGUUCUGCGGGAGAUGGGGACCGCAUCAUCAUGCCAACCUCGGAAUCAUUCCAAUCCGUUGCGAGGACUUUGCAAACUUCUCUGGCUUCCUCAUUACCAGCUUAUAUGGUUCCCAAUCUGUACAUGCCGGUCUCGUCCAUGCCGCUGACCUCUUCUGGGAAACUCAAUCGUCGAAUGUUACGGACCACGGCAGAGAGUAUUUUGGAAGAAGACGCAUCUGCCUACAGACUUGGUGGUCAAAGUGGGCGCGCCCCUUCUACUCUGCCCGAGAAGAUCUUGCAAACCUUAUGGGCCUCCGUGUUGGGAAUUGAUGCCAGUACCAUUAGCGUUGAUGACACGUUUUUCCGACACGGUGGUGACUCUAUAGCCGCUAUCAAGCUUGUAGCUGUUGCUCGUCAGGAGGGUUAUAGUCUCAGUGUUGCAGACAUCUUUCAAGCACCCAGACUUUCCGAAAUGGCGCAAAACAUAUCUGGUUUGUCGGUGGCGUCACUAGCGGAGGAGUUGAGUGCGCCUGUCGAGCCAUUCACGCUGCUGAGGCUAGAUAUUCCUAUUUCUGAACUCAAGAGCGAGGUCGCUUCGAUUUGCCAAAUUACUGAAGAUGCAAUAGAAGACAUCUACCCAUGCACUGCACUCCAAGAGGGGCUCAUUGUGCUUUCCAGCAAGCAGCCAGGGUCAUACGUGACGCAGAACAUUUAUGCAUUACCGCCUGAUAUCAAUGUUCGGAAGUUCGAAGCGGCAUGGCAGAAGGUUGCCGAAUCUGAAGUUAUUCUGAGGACAAGAAUCAUUCAUUCGAAGACGCAUGGCUUUCUUCAGGUCGUGGUCAAAGAACCGCUCGUGUGGGAAUCAGCAGAUGACGUUGCAGCGAUUUCAGAAACAAAACAACUGACCUCAGCCAAUGGAGGUGUUCUCAGUAGGUACACAAUUGUUGGGGAAGGUACAAAAUCUCCGCGCUUCGUUUGGACUGCUCAUCAUGCAGUGUAUGAUGGAUGGAGUCUGCCUACGCUCCUCAGCAAAGUGCACUCAUGCUAUGACGAGACAAAGAAAUUCGACGGAGAACUUGGAUGUCCUUAUCCCCAGUUCAUCAAGUAUCUAGUCAACAUCGACCCCGAGCAGUCCAAUGAAUUCUGGCGACAAAGACUGGAAGGUAUAACGACCACCAAGUACCCGCCGUCUCUCGGCGCAUCUUAUAAGCCCUCACCAACAAGCCAGUUGUCUCGAACGCUACGGCUGUCUAAAACUUCAGGGCAGGACGUCACCGUACCUUCUAUCGUACGCGCAGCAUGGGCCUUGACCAUUGCUGUGUAUUCCUACACUGACGAUGUCGUCUUUGGUGAAAUCCUCACGGGUCGUGAUGCGCCUCUUCCUGGAAUUUCCGGCAUGAUUGGACCAGCCCUGGCAGCAGUGCCUAUGAGAAUUCGGAUUAACCGCGAGCUCAACGUCGCUGAAUUUUUACGCGAUGUUCAAGGCCAGGCAGCUGCCGUCAUGCCCUAUCAAUUUACCGGUCUCCAGAAUAUCAUGAAGCUGAGUGACGAUGCCAAAGUAGCCUGUGGUUUCCAGAACUUGCUGGCUAUCGAACGUGAUACUGACGAGACACCCGGGGGAUUCCUGAAUCUCCUGAGCGCGAAUUCUGGAGGAGCCAAUUUCUACACGUAUCCGUUGAACAUUUCAUGCGCAAUAGGCGAUGGACGGAUGGAAGUCAAAGCUCAUUAUGAUGAGAAACUCAUUCCAACAUAUCAACUUGACAGGCUGCUCUCUCAAUUUGAAACGCUACUCGCGAAUCUAUGCUCCCAGGCAAAUGCAGAAGAAAAAGUUGGCCAAAUGGAACUUGUUGGCAGGGAAGAUUUGACAACAAUACACAGAUGGAAUGCGGACUCCUUGAAGGUUGUUGACAGGUGCAUUCAGGACCUGAUUGACGACAAUAUGCGACUACAUCCCGAUGAAUUGGCGGUUUGCUCGUGGGAUGCUACAUUCACUUAUCGAGAACUCGACCAAUUAUCGACGUCUUUAGCUCACCGUAUUCGAGAACUAGUCAACCACAAGCCCGAAACAUUUAUACCGAUAUGCUUCGAGAAGUCGGCAUUUGCUGUGGUUGCAAUGUUGGCGAUCUUGAGAGCCGGAUGUGCAUUCGUUCCUCUUGACCCGCAACAUCCGACGUCGCGCCUCCGAGAGAUGGUCACAGAUCUGGACGCCAGACUUAUCCUGUGUUCACCAUGCCACAUAUCUCUUUGCAGACAGGUCGCAGCUCAUGCUCUAGCUAUUGAUCUUGAAAUGCUGAAAAAACUCCCGGUUAAGCAAUCGCCUCUUCAAUCGUCCAACACUAAGGCCGCAGCGUAUGUUAUUUUCACAUCGGGCUCUACAGGAAAGCCCAAAGGAUGCAUAAUUGAACAUCGUGCCUUCUGUUCCGGAGUAAGCAAGCACGCUCCGGCUCUGCUUAUCAGGCCAAAAUCUCGGGUCUUGCAGUUUGCAUCCUACACAUUCGAUGCCAGUUUGAUUGAGAUCUUAGGAACACUGAUCAUGGGCGGCUGCAUCUGUGUCCCAGAUGACGCAUCUCGUCUAAAUGCAAUCGCAGAUUUCAUCAACGACAUGCGUGUUGACACUGCUCUCCUGACACCAUCCAUGGCACAGAUGAUUCAACCCUCAGAAGUACCUUGUCUACGUACUCUGGUCCUUGUUGGCGAGGCUAUGUCGUUAAGCCAUAUCUCUGUCUGGGCCCAGAAAAUUGACCUUGUCAACGCGUACGGACCGAGCGAGUGUUCAGUUGUAGCAGCAGCUAAGGCUCACAUGACAAUGGACACGAGUCCAGUGAAUAUUGGAACUGCGAUUGACACUGCGUGGAUCGUGGAUCCAGACAACCACAACCGACUGGUCCCCAUCGGUGCUAUUGGGGAGCUUUUGAUAGAAGGGCCAACUGUGGGGAGAGGCUACCUUAACAAUGAACAAAAGACGUUUGAGUCUUUCAUCGAGAGACCCAAAUGGACCAUCAACUGUCCAUAUCCCCAGUCCGGACAGGAAAGAAGAAUGUACAAAACAGGAGAUUUGGUCAAGUAUGCUCCAGGAGACUCUGGGGAGAUACUAUACGUUGGCCGCAAAGAUAGCCAAGCGAAGCUUCAUGGGCAGCGACUUGAGCUUGAAGAAGUUGAGCAUUAUCUCAAUGCGGACACUGAAGUCAUCCACGCUCUCGUUACUAUGCCAAAGUCUGGUAACUGUGCGAAGAAGCUAGUGGCGGUCCUGUCGCUUCGUGAUUUGCCCAUUCCGAAUGCCAAUGCUCAUGAUCUCGAGAUUGUCAUCUCGAAAGAUGCAGGGAAGCUUCUUUUGCGAAUACAAGAGAGGCUCAGGGUACAACUUCCCGCUUAUAUGAUACCCUCGAACUGGAUAGAACACUUUGUUGACACUAUGGAUGAUGACAUCUAUCAAAAGAUAACGGCCGUUCAACAGGACGCUAACAACAACAAUGUUCUGGUGAUUACAGACACCGAAGCUCGUCUUCGAACCAUUUGGGCAUCUGUGCUGAACCUUCCUCUUGAGAGCAUUGGCCUAGAUCGCUCCUUCCUCCAUCUGGGUGGUGAUAGCAUGUCAGCUAUGGCUGUGAUGUCGAAGUGUCGAUCAGAAAAUCUCGGUGUCACCGUCGAGAAUAUCAUCACGAGCAAGUCAAUCCGUCAUCUUGCUUCGCUCGUGACACUUCCUCAGGAGGUAUUGAACGAGGCGGAAGACGACCGGGAAUUUGAUCUUUCGCCCAUCCAACAGUUUUACUUCCGAUGUAUGCAAGGAAACGGGACACAUUUCAACCAAAGCAUGUUGCUCAAUCUCGCAAGGCCGAUAGCUACGGAGGCUGUGCAGAGCUCUGUCUCUGAGUUGGUUAAAACUCAUUCCAUGCUUCGUGCCCGCUUCUCUCGAGACGGGAACGGUGUCUGGAAACAACGCAUUACAAGCGAUAUUGAGAAGUCCUAUCUUCUACGCGUUUACAAAGACCAUGAAGCUCAAGACAUGGAGAGGACGAUUGAAGAUCUUCAGCGAAGUCUUGACAUUGUCGACGGUCCCAUGCUUGCCAUCGGAUUGUUUGAAGGCUCUUCAGGGAAUCCCCAGCUUUUCAUCGGCGUACAUCACCUCGUUGUGGACGUCGUUUCUUGGGGGAUAAUCUUGCAGGAUUUGGAAGAUCUCCUCCAACGCAAGACCACCAGACUUCGAACUGGAACGUCCUUCCAGAAAUGGUGCCGUCUUCAAUCAGAUAACGUCAAGCGCAAUUAUAAGUCGAUAAAAGCGCUUCCUAUUGAUGACGUACCAUUAGCUGAUUUAGGAUAUUGGGGCAUGGAAGGCAGCACGAAUCAUUACGGAGAUGUCGUGAUAGAGGAGAUUGAGUUUGAAUCGUCCAUAAGCGGCGAGCUUCUGGCUCUCUGUCGUGGGCCUCUCCAAAUUGAAUUCGUCGACAUCUUGCUUGCUACUCUCCUCAUGUCAUUCUGUCGUGCAUUCCCCGACCGCUCGAUUCCACCGGCAAUCUACAAUGAAGGACACGGCCGUGAGCCUUGGGAUUCAGCGAUCGACAUUUCACGUACUGUCGGUUGGUUUACGACCAUGACUCCAGUGCAUCUCCCUGAGGAUCACAGUGUUCAUGAAGAUUGGAAUUUGCUCAAGUGCAUCGCCUGGGUUAAGGAUCUUCGCAAAAGAACUCCUGGCAAGGGACUGCCAUACUUCGCAUACCGUCUGCUAACCUGGGAGGGACAUGAGAAAUUUGGCCGGCACUGGCCAAUGGAGAUUGCUUUCAAUUACCUGGGCCAACACCAGGGUUCGGAGCUGACAGGAAAGUUGCUGCAACCAGUUAACGGGACCGGGUUAUCUGUCAACUCCCGUUCUGAUAUCGGCCCUAGUGUUCCUCGGUUUGCGCUUGUCGAGAUUUCAGCGGCAGUCAUUCAUGGCAGCCUCAAUUUGUCUUUCUCUUACAACAGAUCCAUGAAAAGGCAAACCGACAUACAGAAAUGGGCUGUCGACUGUCGAGAUCUGCUGUGCGAGGCAAUCGUCAAUCUGAAAGGACAUGAACUCCAGCGAAGUUUGAGUGAUUUUCCUCUUUUGCCACUGUCGUACAAUGGCUUGGAUAAGCUUAAGGAGAAUUUACUCAAAGUUGGCAUCUCAUCUUUGGAUGAAGUUGAGGACGUCUAUCCUUGCUCUCCAAUGCAGGAAGGAAUAUUGCUCAGUCAGCUUAAAGACCCCGAAACAUACAGCUAUCGAUCAGUUUUCGAAGUUCGAUCACCGGAAAAGAACCAUUCUAUUGAUCUGCGACGGCUAGCGGAAGCUUGGCAAAAAGUUAUACGGCGGCAUCAAUCCCUAAGAACUGUUUUCAUCAAUAGCAUUCACGAGUCUUCGUUGAUGGACCAAGUCGUGUUCAAGUCAGUUAGAGGACGGACGCUCUUUUAUGAAUGCGAAGACCGGGAUGUUCGGAAAACCCUAUCAGAAAUUGAAGCACCGAACUAUCGCAAUGGACAACCACCUCAUCGCCUCGUUCUUUGCAAGACCAAGUCGGAGAAGGUGUUUUGCAGACUCGACAUUACCAAUGCCAUCUCUGACGGUUCUUCCAUUCCCAUUCUCUUACGAGAUCUCUCGCGCGCUUACAUGGAUAUGACACCGGACGACUCGGAAAGUCCUCUCUAUAGUGACUUCAUUGCGCAUCUACAGUCCGUUCCAAAAGAAAAGGGGGCACUAUAUUGGAAGGAGUACCUUGAGGGAACUGAGCCUUGUCAAUUUCCAUCUUUGUCGGAUGCACGGCAGAGUGAGAAGAGGCUGGGAUCUCAUAUCCUAGUUCUCAAGCAAAUGUCAGAGAUCCAGAACUUCUGCAAACAAGCUGGAGUGACGAUUUCAAAUCUCCUGCAGCUUGUUUGGGGCUUAAUCCUACGAUGCUAUACAGGAUCUGACGAGAUCUGCUUUGGAUACCCCUCCUCGGGACGUGAUGUUCCUGUCAAAGGCAUCCAAGAUGCCGUUGGAGCAUUCAUCAAUAUGCUGACGUUUAGGAUUGAUCUGAAGGAUAAUCUCCUGCUGGAAGAAGCGCUGAAGAGAACGCAACAGGACUUUGUCCGGAGCAUGGAGCACCAAUCAGUCUCACUAGCUGAGAUACAGCACGAACUUGGUCUCUCGGAGACAUCCUUGUUCAAUACAGUUUUUACAUUUCAAAGACGGCGCGGCAUUGAAGAGGAUUCUAUUCCUGCCCUGUCAUUUGAGGCAUUCGAUUCUCAUGAUCCGAGCGAGUAUAAGAUCGCUAUCAAUGUUGAAAUGUCGGAUCUAUCCACAGAAGUCCACUUCAGCUACUGGAUGGACUACCUGUCCAAAGAGCAGGUUGAAUACGUUGCCGAUGCGUUUGAGCAUGUUUUGUAUGGAUUGGUCCAGAGCAGACGACCUGGUUUGAGAAUCAAGGACAUUGACUUCUUCGGGCCCCUCAGCUGCCUCAAAGUGCGCCAGUGGAAUCGCAUGGGGACGAACCGGGUCGAGAGAUGCAUUCACGAAAUGAUAGAGGAACAAGCUCUGCGUCGACCAUUAUCUUCAGCUGUCCAAGGUUGGAUGCAAGCUUUACUUACAAUGAACUUGAUACGCUAUCCACUCGGCUUGCUAGUCGUCUUAGAGAACACGGAGUUGGCCCCGAAGUUGAUGAAAGCGGGAGGGGCGUUUGUUUCUCUGGACCCCUCGCACCCGGCGGAUAGAUUGCGGAAUCUGAUAGAGGAUGUCGGGGCUCAUAUUGUGUUGAGCUCAGCGCAGCAAUAUGGCAAGGUCUCACAAAUUUCCAAAGCGGUGAUAAUUGUCGACAGCAACACAGUGCAUCAAUUGCCCCAGCAUCCUGUGACUUUGUCAGCAUCUGCGAAGCCUUCCAACGCCGCGUAUAUCAUUUUCACCUCCGGCUCAACGGGCAGGCCCAAAGGAACUGUCAUCGAACAUGCUUCAUUUUGCACAAGUGCUCUCGCGCACGGAAAAGCAUUUCACAUUGAUUCAAAUACCAGAACCUUUCAAUUUGCGUCUUACACUUUUGAUGCUAGCAUUAUGGAGAUUCUUACUGCCCUUAUUCUGGGUGGCUGCGUCUGCGUGCCGAGUGAUGAGGAGCGCAUGAAUGACAUACCAGGAGCGCUUACGAGGAUGAAUGCCACUUGGUUGUUUUUGACGCCUUCUGUCGCGAAUACGAUAAAGCCGGAACAGGUGCCUACCCUGAAGGUUUUGGUUUUGGGAGGUGAAAAACUGUCACAGAGUAAUAUCGAAAGAUGGAGAUCCAAGUGUCUCAUCGACGGCUACGGCCCAACUGAGUGCUCUGCGAUCUGCGCUGGAAGCACUAAGGUCGACUUGAACGGAGAAAUUCUUGAUACGGAUCCUUCAACGAUUGGAAGAGCUCUUGGCGGUCGAUCCUGGAUUGUAGAUCCUAGGGGAGCCAAUCGUCUUGUACCAGUUGGUGCUAUUGGAGAGCUGGUCAUCGAGGGACCUACCGUGGCGCGUGGAUAUCUCAAUAACGAAAAGAAGACAAGUGAAGUCUUCAUUCAUGACCCAGAGUGGACGAAGCAUGACAGCUUGCGAGGUGCUGUCAAACAAGGAGAGCGCAUGUACCGGACUGGAGAUUUCGUCCGUUACAAUCCAGAUGGCACACUUAGCUACCUGGGCCGGAUGGAUAUGCAAAUAAAGCUCAACGGCCAGCGAAUCGAACUGGGAGAGAUCGAAUAUCAAUGUGGACAGUAUUUCCCGGAGCAUACACAAUUGGCGGUAGACCUUGUUGCUGCCGGAGCGACAUCUUCUGCUAAGAAGCUGGUUAUAUUCUUUACGACCCAGAUCAACAACGACACGCAAGGCAGCACUGGCCAUUCAGCAGACCGCGAACAAUUGUUACUGCCAAUGAGCGUUACACUCCAGGAUAUGGUGAGGAAAUUGGAGAAGUCACUUUCCGGGGUUUUGCCAUCGUAUAUGAUACCCCAGCUGUUCUUCCCUGUUUCCAGGCUGCCAUUCACCACUUCUGGAAAGUUGGACCGCCGGAAGCUACAUGGAGAGGUCCAGGGGUUGUCUAGAGAAGCUCUGAAGCCGUACUCUUUGUCCAAUUCAGUCAAGCGAGAAACACCGAGAGACGAAAUGGAAAUGACGCUUCAGAGUCUAUGGGAGGCCGUCCUAAAUGUUCCCAGCAGUUCGAUCGGUAUUGACGACAGUUUUUUCAGGCUUGGGGGCGAUUCACUAGGUGCCAUGAAGCUUGUGGGACUGGCACGCUCUCGUGGAAUUUCCAUCAGCGCAGUGGACAUUUUUCGCUAUCCUCUUCUCAAAGAUAUGGCUGGGAGAUGUGAGUCGUUGGAGGAAAGAGGCCAGUCUCAACUGAAGCAAUUCGGCUUGUUAAAAGUAGACCAGCCAAUAGGCCAGAUCAUCGACGAGGUUGCGGCUCAGUGCGGCGUUGACAAGCGGAUGAUUUUCGAUAUCUAUCCCUGCAGUCCUCUACAAGAAGGGCUCAUCACUCUUUCGAUCAAGCAGCCUGGAGCAUACGUUUCUCAAAAUGUGCUCCGACUUUCUGAUCGAGUGGACAUCACGAAGUUCAAAGCAGCUUGGCAACAGCUCGUCGAUGAAUUCGACAUUCUGCGGACUCGCAUUGUGCACAAUGCCUCUGCUAACUUCGUUCAGGUAGUCUUCAAAGAGCAGGCUAUUACUUGGCACACCGCAGAAAGUCUGGAGGAGAUUGCAGAAGAGACAACCAAAUUACCGGAGCGUGAGGGUGGCUUGCUAACCCGGUACACAAUCGUUCAAAAAAAGGGUUCAACUGAAUGCUAUUUCGCUUGGUCAAUACACCAUGCGCUAUACGAUGGAUGGGGUCUAUCGAUCAUUCUCAAAAGAGUCGAAGAUAUAUACUUCGAGAGAUCUUCAGGCAGGCCCAACACUUCCUAUGCAACUUUUAUCGACUAUCUUCAGCGGCGAGAUGUUUCCGCGUCGGACAUGUUUUGGACAUCAUAUCUGUCUGCGAUUUCACCCGUGACUUUCCCACGGGAAAUGUCACGCACGUCGGAUGGUCAAGAUCCUGACACGAAGACGCUCUGCGGCACCACGGAGAUAUCUCAGGGGGUAUCCGGCCUUAAUCUGACGACUCCAACGUUGAUCCGAGCAGCCUGGGCCCUUGUACUGGCAAACCGUACCCAGUCUAACGAUGUCUGCUUUGGUGAAACACUCACCGGUAGGAAUGUUGAUGUACCGGGUAUCACUGAUAUAGCGGGCCCGGUCUUGACGACUGUUCCAACUCGGAUCCAAGUUAACCCUCAAGCAAAGAUAACCGAAUACCUGGCAGAGGUCCAGCGAAUUUCGACCGAGAUGAUAAUUCACCAGCAUUCGGGAUUACAGCACAUAAGGAGACUCAGUGAAGACGCCUCCCUUGCAUGCGACUUCAAGAACUUGUUGAUCGUGCAGACGGCGGAAGAUGGCGCGGACGACGAACUCUGGCAAGUUCAAAAUGACGGGAAAAUGAAAAACUUCUUCACGUAUCCGCUUGUUGUGGAAUGCAAAGUUUCCGAUCGCCGAAUUGAAAACCACAUCCACUAUGAUGAGGGAGUGAUUUCUGGCUGGCAGGUCCAAGGGCUGCUUCAACAGUUCUCUUAUGUGCUGCGACAACUUAGCACCGUCACCGACUCUGACUGUCGACAGCUGGACAAGGUGGAUAUGGUCAGUCCAGAGGACAGAGAACAAAUCUCUCGGUGGAAUAGACGAACGCCACAAUGCAUUGAUCAAUGCAUCCACGAGAUAUUCCAGGAGAGGUGCCUGUCCCAGCCUAUAGCUCCAGCAGUCUGUGCUUGGGACGGAGAUCUCACCUAUAGCGAGUUGCACGAAUAUGCCUCUAGGCUUGCAGCGCAUCUGAACUCUCUCGGAGUUAGUCCAGAGGUAUUUGUCCCUCUGUGCCUCGAUAAGUCGGCCUGGACAAUUGUCGCGAUGCUGGGUGUUUUGAUCGCUGGGGGAGCUAUUGUUCCGCUUGACCCUAGCCAUCCAUUGUCACGCCAUCAGGAGAUUCUAAAAGAGCUUGAUGCCAAUAUCAUUCUCUACUCACCAAACUACAGCCAGCGCUAUUCCGGUAUUGUCAAAAAGGCCGUGCAGAUUGACAGACAUAUGAUUAAGAACCUGCAAUCCAUAAGCAGGCGUUGCCAUCAUACAACUUCUGCAACAAGUUCCAAUGCAGCAUACGCUAUCUUCACCUCGGGGAGCACCGGUCGAGCGAAGGGAAUCACUGUCGAGCAUCGGGCGUUCGUUAGUAGCUCUAUGGCCUUUGGACCCGUGAUGCAGAUGAAAUCAACGUCUCGGGUCCUUCAAUUUGCUUCUCUCAGUUUCGAUGCCGCCCUCAUGGAAAUCUUCACCACCUUGACGAGUGGAGGCUGUGUGUGCGUACCUAGCGAGGAAGAACGGCUCAGAGACAUUUCGGGGGCCAUUUGUCGAAUGAACGUCUCGUGGACUCUAUUGACACCUUCAGUCGCCAACCUCAUUGAUCCCUCUACGGUACCUUGUCUGAAAGUCCUUGUGUGUGGUGGGGAGGCUAUGUCUCCUGAAGUCAUCGCGAGAUGGGCAGGCAACGUCGAAUUAAUCAAUGCCUAUGGUCCGUCUGAGGCGUCCGUUAUUGCGACCCUCAAUACGAAUGUCUCGAGCGAGAAUCCAUCAUGUAUCGGUUACGGCAUAUCUCCUACUCUUACCUGGGUUGUCGAUCCCGAAGAUCAUGAUCAGCUCUGUCCUUUGGGCACCAUUGGUGAACUGGCCAUAGAAGGGCCAACUCUGGCACGAGGUUAUCUCAACGAUGAGCUCAAGACCGCUGCGGCAUUUGUUGAUAACCCUGCCUGGACAGCGACUUUCCCAUCCCCUGCUUCAGCACCGCGCAGAAUCCACAAGACUGGAGAUUUAGUCAAGUAUAAUCCGGACGGUUCCCUGGAAUAUGUUGGACGCAAAGACAACCAAGUCAAACUCCACGGUCAGCGCAUGGAUCUGGGAGAGAUUGAGCACCGUCUAGAGACAGAUCCUCGAGUCCGCCAUGUCAUUGUCUUGAUGCCUAAGACUGGUUUCUUCCAGGAGCGACUAAUCUCAGUGUUGUCCCUAAAUAGCUUGUCUGCGGAGUAUGCCGUUCUCUCUGCUGGAACGUGUCAGUUGGUCGACAAGGAAGAUCGAGUUGAUUCUGAGUUGGCAGAGAUCCGAAACCGUCUUUCAGCACAGCUGCCGUCCUAUAUGCUUCCUCGAGCCUGGGCGGUCGUUAAGGAUCUUCCAAUGCUGGUAUCCGGCAAGCUUGACAGAAAGAAGGUCCAAGGUUGGGUUGAAAACAUUCCCGAGGAAACGUAUCAGCAGAUAGUAGGCAGAGUCGGAAACCAGGAAUCUACCGCAGAAGCCACUGGUGUGGCAUCGGUGCUGCAGGAGAUAUGGGCUCAGGUUCUCAACAUUCCGCUGGAAAAGGUCAAGUUGAAUCAGUCGUUCCUGAGUUUAGGAGGCGACAGUAUAACUGCUAUGGCUGUUGUGUCCCGAAGCCGUCGACAGAAGAUAAAUCUGUCCCUUCACGAUGUCCUGCGAUGCGAAUCUAUUAUCCAGCUAGCACUCACAGUUGGAUCUGGUAUUGUGUCUGUUCAGCACGAAGAGAAAGUGGAUGAGCCUUUCGGCCUUUCCCCUAUCCAGCAAUUGUAUUUCCAAGCCGCGAAGGGAUACCAGGGACGCAGUCGUUUCAACCAGAGCUUUACCCUCAGUUUGUCUCGAUAUAUCAAAGCAGAAACUCUCGAAGCUGCGAUCGCAGAAGUGGUUAAUCAGCAUUCAAUGCUCAGGGCGCGAUUUCGUAUGAAUAAAGAUGGAAACUGGGAGCAGCGUUUCACAAGCGACGUCAAUUCUUCCUACCGCUACCAAGUUCACCACGUGGAUAGCACUCGUGAUAUCCCUCCCCUAAUAGGCAAAAGCCAACAAAGUCUAGACAUUCAGAACGGACCGAUAUUUGCGGCAGAUCUUUUCGAAACACGAAGCAAAAAGCAGAUAUUGUUCUUUGUCGCCCAUCAUCUUUGCAUCGACAUGGUAUCUUGGCGUAUCAUCAUCCAGGAUCUGCAGGAUAUUCUCGAGUCUGGCUCACUCUCAGGCGACAAACCACUGUCCUUCCAGACUUGGUGUGCUUUGCAAGCGGAGCACAUCAAACGUGACUCUGAUGGAGGCAAGCUCCCGUUCCAAGUUAUCCCUGCCAAUCUUGGUUACUGGGGAAUGGAAAAUGAACCAAAUUCAUAUGGCGACGUCGAGCACCAGACAUUCGCGUUAGAUGAAGGACUGACGACAUCCACUAUGACCCAUUGCCACGACGCCCUCCGGACGGAACCUGUAGACCUUCUGCUCUCGGCAAUAAUUCAUUCCUUCCGUCGAACUUUCAGCGAUCGAUAUCUACCGACGUUAUUUAAUGAGGGUCAUGGACGCGAGCCUUGGCAAUCCGACAUUGACCCCUCUAGGACGGUGGGCUGGUUUACCAACAUAUCUCCUUUGCAAGUGAAAAUAGAAUCAGAUGAUGUUCUGGACACCGUCCGGCGGGUUAAAGACGUCAGACGAAGUAUUCCUGACGGCGGGCGACGUUAUCUCGCACAUCGCUACCUGGCGCCAAAUGGACGGUCACACUUUUCAGGUUCCGAUGUACCUAUGGAGAUAUUGUUCAAUUACCUCGGAGCUAUGCAGCAGCUCGAACGCGACGACGCGUUAUUUCAGAAUGCGGACUUGAUAACAGACGGUGCUGAUUCCCUAACUGUGGGAGACAUGGGUCCUGAUACUGCCCGACUUGCUCUGUUUGAAGUCAGCGCCAUCGUGAUUCAAGGCAAGCUUCAGUUCUCCUUUAUGUACAACCGUCGCAUGCAGCGCCUGAAUGACAUCCGUCGCUGGGUUUCAGAGUGCAAGUGGACUCUUGAAGAGAUCGUGAUAAGCCUACGGCGUUGUGCUCCGGAACCAACUCUCAGCGAUUAUCCUUUGUUGCCGAUCAGGUACGAAGGAUUAAAGAGGCUGAUCAGGGAAACUUUCCCCGAAGCUGGGAUCACGCAUCGGGAUCAGAUCGAGGAUAUUUAUCCUGUCACUCCCACGCAGGAGGGAAUCUUACUAAAUCAGCUUCGGGAUCCGACAAACUAUUUCUGCAACGCCAUCUUCGAAGUGCAGACUGCCGAUUCCAAUGUUGGCGUCAGUCCGCAGCGGCUCAUUGAAGCAUGGCAAAAGGUAGUCGAUCGUCAUGCUGCGCUAAGAACGACGUUUGUAAACAGUGUUUACCAAGGCGGCACCUUUGAUCAACUCGUUCUGAAGAAGGCAGACAGCGGUAUUAUCCGCGUGGAGUGCGAUGACACUGAGGCCCUCGCCAAACUGAAUUCGAUAAAGCUCCAUGAGAACAAUGCCAAAAGGACGCAGCCACUGCCGCACCAGUUCACGAUUUGCACCACGUCCACCGGACGACUUCUAAUCAAGAUUGAAAUGAAUCAUGCAGUCAUAGAUGGUGGAUCUCCUCCUAUCUUGCUGCGGGACCUCGCACUUGCCUACGACAGGCGGCUCCCAGAGGGCCGUGGCCCACUUUUUAGCAAUUACGUGCGAUUCAUUAGAAGUCAAUCUCCAAGAGCAGAUAUCGCAUUCUGGAAACGAUAUUUGACAGGCGUCCGCUCGUGUCAUCUGCCCAAUCUCAAUGCGAACCCCACCGAUGAACGCCGUUUGGUCCCUGUGAAGAUGGCGUUCGAUGAGUGGUCGGACUUGCAGCAGUAUUGUGAAAGAACAGGCGUCACCCUGGCAAAUGUUGUCCAAGCUGGAUGGGCCUUGGUCCUACGAAAGUACACAGACUCCGAUGAUGUGUGCUUUGGAUACCUCUCUGCAGGACGUGAUGCUCCUGUCAAUGGGAUUCAGGAUACCAUCGGAGUGUUCAUCAACAUGUUAUGCUGCCGCGUCAAAUUCUCCCCUUCCCAAUUGCUUGCCGAAAUUCCAAGCAAAGUUCAGGAAGAUUAUCUGAGCGGCAUUCCUCACCAGCGAUGCUCUCUGGCUCAGGUUCAACACGAGCUUGGAUUGCAUGGUAAACAGUUGUUCAACACCGUACUUUCGAUCCAAAAUCACUCUCGUGCCAGUGAUGAUGAAAGUGAAUCAUUAAAUUUCGAACUACAAAACGCUCAUGAUCCGAGUGAGUUUUCUGUAACCCUCAAUAUCGAAACUGGUCGAAAUGAUGAAGCAGUCGUGUUCCGAUACUGGACGGACAUGUUUUCUGAGGACCAGGUGUCUUCUCUCGCUGAUGCUCUGGCAAGAGUCUUGAGAGCAUUCCUGCAAGACCCGACAGAGACAGUGUCCCGCCUGGAUUUGCAGAAAUCUGAAACGAGCAAUCAUGUCAAGAAACAGGACCAGGAAUCAUCAAAUAAUGAUGUGACUAAGCAUGAACACGACGAGGUCCACCGGCUUCUGGACAAGCAUCCGGCUCUGCAAAGCCUUAUCGAUGAGAGAGUUCAGACUAUCAUCAAGCAGAUGUUCAAGACAUCUGAAUUACUGUCCAGCAGCAGCAAACCGACCCCAGAUAUCCUUGGCCGUAAUCUGACCGGAGAAAUACAAGGCCAAAGUUCUGAAUCGGAAGCCUGUUCAAAUGCUUCUGAAUAUCUAUUCAAAAAACGAGUCGAGGAUGGUCCUGCCGCCCCGCGAAUUGAGCGACGUGGACGACGCGAUACUGUCGAGCAAAAGCUAUUGCGGCUCUGGAGUGAAAGGCUAGACAUGUCUCCUGAAAGCAUCAACAGGAAAGAUAGUUUCUUUGAGUUAGGUGGAGAUAGUAUUACAGCUAUGAGUCUGGUCGGAGAUGCGCGCGACGAAGGCUUGAUCUUGACCGUGGCUGACGUGUUCCGAAAUCCCGUGUUCGAGGACAUGGCUGCCAUUGCCCAGAUUGCUACCAGAUUGAGUGGCUAUUCCAUCGACGCCGAUAUUAAUGGACUCGGCGGGCAGCCGCUGUCCACUCAUGCCGUGGCUGACGGUGACCUCUAUGAGAGGUUCGCUCUACUGAAGGCUGCUAAUAUCGAUGACGCGUUUCUUCAGAAGUACAUCUGCCCUCGAAUUGGCGUGUUCAAGGGGGGUAUUGCUGAUGUGCUGCCCGUCACCGACUUCCAGGCAUUGUCGAUUACUGGAGCCCUCUUGGAUUCGCGGUGGAUGCUGAAUUAUUUCUGCCUUGAUGGAAGCGGUCAUCUGGACUUGCGACGUCUCAAACAGUGCUGCUUCCGCGUCGUUCAUGCGUUUGACAUCCUGCGCACGGUAUUCGUGUCUUCGAAGGGCCGUUUUCUCCAAGUGAUUCUUCGGAAGAUCCGGCCGGAAUUUCUUGUUUACGAGACUGAUGGUCUCAAUGAAUUUACGGCUAUGUUGCAGCAGCGAGAUCGAGAACAAGGUCCCCGGCAGGGCGAGCCAUUCGUGCAAUUCAUUGUCGUCAAAGAGAAAAGCACAGACUGUCACCGCAUAUUGAUCCGCCUGUCGCACGCGCAGUAUGACGGGGUGUCUCUACCAAAGAUCUUGUCAGCCAUCAAAGUUGGCUACGAAGGCGGGCCAAUUCCCUCGACUCCAUCCUUUGCAAACUACGUGCGGGCAUCUGCAAGAAUGGUGACUUCGGAGCACUAUCAGCACUGGAAAACGCUUCUGCAAGGAUCCCGCAUGACGGAGAUUGUUUCUCGACAGGGCCCCAAUUACCGCAAGUCGACGGGAGCGACUCCUAAAGUACUGAAAAAGACCGCGCGGGUGCCGUCGAUGGCGUAUGGAAACAUCACCACUGCAACUGUCAUCAAAGCAGCCUGGGCCCUGACCCUGGCCAGAAUUACGGCCAGUUCGGAUGUUGUUUUCGGUCACACGAUCAGCGGCAGAAACACUGCCGGAAUUCCAGGGGUUGAGACGAUGGUCGGACCGUGUGUGAAUAUCGUGCCUGUCCGGGUGAGGUUUGAGGAGAACUGGACUGCUCUGGAUCUCCUUCGCUUCAUACAAGAUCAACAGGUUGCCAACAUGCCGUACGAAGCGCUUGGGUUCCGGCAGAUCAUCAAGCACUGCACUGACUGGCCCAACUGGACCACUUUCAGCACAAUCGUCCAGCAUGAUAGUUCUUACCGGCAGAAUGACAUGCACCUCGGUGAGAAUAAGUACUCGAUUAGAGGUGUCGGUAGCGAUGAGGACGUGGCAGAUUUCUCGAUCGUCUCACAUGUGUCAGAGAAGGACAGGGUUGACAUCACAAUUUCCUUCUCGCUCGACGGCGCUGUCACGGAGGCGUUGGCCCAGAGGGUGCUGGACAUUGUUUGCGAGACUGCGGAAGGGUUUACUGCGAACUCAAGCAUGGUCCUUCCAACCCCUGCCGCGCUGUCGUCAUUGCCAACACAGACCAUCGCUGGGCCAGAGAGGAAAUCAGAAGACGAGACGUUCACAUCUUCGCAGCUGAAGGGACUCAGCCGAGCCGAGAUCCUCGUCCUGUCAGACGUUCUGAGUCGCACAUGGCAGCAGGUCCUGACGAACAAGGACGAGAACAGGCCCCCUGCCAAGCUCAACUCAUCCUUCUUCGAGCUUGGAGGAGACAUUGUCGGCCUGGCACAGGUUGCCUGGCUCCUGGAGCAGGAAGACUUCAAGGUGCGACUGGACGAUCUGAUCGAGCACCCGACCAUGCUGGGACAGAUGGCUGUACUGGUGCAGUCGAAUUCGAGCGUGGCGAAGAAGAUGAUGGCUUCGUCUCAAGCAGACGGUGCGGGAAAUUCCCUGGGAGGGAGAAGCGGAUCCAGCGCUUCGCUGCGACGCAAGGCCCGCAAGCCGGGCUCGUGGGCGUCAGCGCUGAGCCUGGCACGGAGGAUGGUUCGACGGGAGGGGAGGAACAAUUAA